AUGGUUCUCUUAGUCACAAGGUACUAGGAUUAAUUACGGUGUCGAGUCUAAUUGGGUUCUGUCACGUAUAUAUAUAUAAUCCGCAGCAGCAGUGGUAGCUUGCUCACCAGCCGCGCGAAAACCUUAGCUUAUUUGAAACCUACAACAACUUGGUGUGAAUUUUCUGGACAAAAGAUGUGUCCUGGGCGCACUCAUGUUCAAGGCAGCUGUCACUGGCUUGCCAUGGCUUUAAAGCCAAGCAUCCAGGCAGCCCAGUACGAUCGAGUACUUAGGAGAUGUCUUACGUGCAGUUCCUGAACUGUCGUCCGACCCAUGGCCAUUGACAAGCCUCCCACAUCCAACUGCUGUCAUGAUAUGAUGUUCUCGACAGCACACACAGGCAGCUCUUCCAUCUCUCCGACACGCACGCACCGAGCACACCACAUGUGUCUAACUGUCUAUGGCUCUUUUGCCUAAACGGCGCGCGCAGGAGGAGACGACGAGGUACCUCGGCACGAACCUCAUCGAGAGCUGCGGCGACUCGGAGGACGGGCUCGCCGGCUGGGCUCCGUCCGGCUCGUGCACGCUCUCCGCGCACGCCGACGAGGACGCGUCUCUUCCUUCGCUGGCAGCCGCAUUGUCCGCCGCCGCCGGCGGCGACGACGAAGGCGACGACUCUGACGAGGACGAAUUCCAGCAGCGCGCGCCGAGGCCCAGCGGCCGGUACGUCCUGGCCGCGCGCCGCGCGAGCGACAAGGACGGGCUCUGCCGCGCGGUCUCGCGCGCCCCGAUCAGGCCCAACGUAACGUACCGGGUGGCCGGGUGGGUCGGCCUGGGCGCCGCCGUGGACGGCUCCCACGCCGUUCACGUCGAGGUCCGCGUCGACGGUGGUGGCCGCCCGGUCGGUGGCGGCGUGGCUGUGGUCGAGUCGGGGAAGUGGGGCCAGAUCAAGGGCUCGUUCCGUGUCGACUGCGAUGAGCCACCGCGCCACGCCAAGGUCUACGUCCACGGGCCGCCGGCCGGGGUGGACCUCAAGGUCACGACGGAUCUGCAGGUGUGCGCGGUGAACAAGAUUCCGAGGCUCAGGCACCUCAGGAAGAAGGCCGACAAGGUGCGCAAGCGUGACGUGGUCCUCAAGGUGAGCCGGCGGACGGACGUCGACGACGACGACACGACGGCGAGCGUCGCCGGGGCGCACAUCCAGGUGGUCCAGGUCCAGAACAGCGUCCCCAUCGGCAGCUGCAUCACCAAGGCGGGCAUGCAGAACCCGGAGUACGUGGACUUCUUCACCAAGCACUUCGACUGGGCCGUGCUCGAGAACGAGCUCAAGUGGUACUACACGGAGGCCGUGCGGGGGCAGGUGAGCUACGCCGACGCCGACGAGCUCAUCGACUUCUGCGACCGCCACGGCAAGCCCGUGCGCGGGCACUGCAUCUUCUGGGCCGUGGAGAACUCGGUGCAGCCGUGGGUCCGCGCGCUCAGCGCCGACCAGCUCCGGGCGGCCGUGGAGGCCCGGCUGCGGGGCCUCGUGUCGCGCUACGCAGGCCGGUUCCCGCACUACGAGGUCAACAACGAGAUGCUCCACGGGGCAUUCUACCAGCAGCGCCUCGGCGACGACAUCAACGCGCACAUGUUCCGGGAGACGGCGCAGAUCGACCCGGCGCCGGCGCUGUUCGUCAACGACUACAACGUGGAGAGCGCCAACGACCCCAACGCCACGCCGGAGAAGUACGUGGCGCUGGUCACGGACCUGCAGAGGCGGGGCGCGCCCGUGGGCGGGAUCGGCGUCCAGGGCCACGUCACGCACCCCGUCGGGGACAUCAUCUGCGACGCGCUGGACAAGCUCGCCGUCACGGGGCUGCCCAUCUGGAUCACGGAGCUGGACGUGUCGGCCGCCGACGAGUCCGUGCGCGCCGACGACCUGGAGAUCGUGCUGCGGGAGGCGUUCGCGCACCCGGCCGUCGAGGGCAUCAUGCUCUGGGGCUUCAUGCAGGGCCACAUGUGGCGCUCCCACGGCCAGCUCGUCAACGCCGACGGCAAGUACACCCAGGCAGGCAACAUGUUCGCGGGCCUCCGCCGGGAGUGGACGUCGCACGCGCGGGGGAAGGUGGACAGCAUCGGCAACUUCAAGUUCAGAGGGUUCCACGGCACGUACCAGGUGCUGCUUACGACGCCCGCCGGAGAGGUGAAGAAGCGGACGUUCGACGUACACAAGGGGGAUGCGCCGCUCGUGCUGGACAUGGAUUUCUAGCUUUCCAUUACAUCGUACACAUUGGUCACCCACCGGUUAUUACAGUUACGACAAGGAUUAGUACGAUCUAGAACUUAUAUAUUUGUGUACAAAUUAUGUGUGGUAUAUUGGGAUUGGUGUGAUGCUUAGACAUUAUAGUAGUGAAGAAAAAAUAAGAAUCUUUAGUCCCGGAUUGUGUAGAUGAUUGGUACUAUUGUACUCAGUAUUUAUUAUGACAGACUGCAGUAAAUAAACAAAAGGAUUACCUUUUUUCCA